AUGAGUGACAGCAAACUUACAGGCGCAAAAGUCGCCGAACACAACUCCAAAGACUCAUGCUGGGUCAUUGUACACGGCAAGGCCUAUGAUGUAACUGACUUCCUCCCUGGUAUGUGGUUCGAUCUUUUGCAAGCGCAGGCAGUCCGACUGACCAUUGUAGAACACCCUGGUGGCCAGAAGAUUAUCCUUAAGUAUGCCGGCAAAGAUGCGACCGAAGAGUUCGAGCCCAUUCACCCACCUGAUACCCUGGACAAGUUCCUCGAUCCAUCAAAGCAUCUUGGCUCGGUCGACAUGAGCACUGUCGAGCAAGAAGAAAAGGCCUUCGACCCAGAGGAGGCCGACCGCUUAGAACGUGUUUCCCGCAUGCCUUCCCUUGCGGCCUGCUACAAUUUGUUGGACUUUGAAGCGGUGGCCCGUCAAGUGAUGAAGAAGACCGCCUGGGCAUACUACUCAAGUGGAGCAGACGAUGAGAUCACAUUACGUGAGAACCACGCAGCGUUCCACAAAAUCUGGUUCCGACCCCGAAUUCUCGUUGACGUCGAGAACAUCGAUAUGAGCACAAAGAUGCUGGGCACAAAAUGCUCAAUUCCCUUUUACGUGACAGCAACUGCACUCGGGAAGCUUGGUCAUCCCGAAGGUGAAGUAGUUCUCACCAAAGCUGCGCAUCAACACGACGUUGUGCAGAUGAUUCCUACCCUGGCCUCGUGCUCAUUCGAUGAGAUUGUCGAUGCCAAGCAAGGUGAUCAAGUCCAAUGGCUCCAGCUUUAUGUGAACAAGGACCGUGACAUUACACGCAAGAUCGUCGAGCACGCCGAAAAGCGUGGCUGCAAGGGCCUCUUCAUUACCGUUGAUGCACCCCAACUCGGUCGUCGCGAGAAGGACAUGCGCUCCAAGUUCUCCGAUCCUGGAUCGAACGUGCAGUCUGGCGGAAGUGACAUCGAUCGCUCCCAGGGCGCUGCUCGGGCGAUUUCUUCCUUCAUCGAUCCCGCUCUCUCAUGGAAAGAUAUCCCGUGGUUCAAGUCGAUCACCAAGAUGCCCAUCGUGCUGAAGGGUGUCCAGUGUGUCGAAGAUGUGCUACGCGCCGUCGAGGCAGGCUGCGACGGAGUGGUCCUUUCCAACCACGGAGGUCGACAGCUCGAGACUGCACGGUCGGGUAUCGAGGUCCUUGCCGAGGUGAUGCCAGCGCUCCGCGAGCGUGGCUGGGAGAAGCGCAUUGAAGUCUUCGUUGAUGGUGGAGUCCGCCGUGCGACCGAUAUCAUCAAGGCACUUUGCCUUGGUGCAACGGGAAUUGGCAUUGGUCGCCCGUUCCUGUAUGCGAUGUCUGCGUAUGGACUUGAUGGUGUUGAUCGCGCCAUGCAGCUCCUCAAGGAUGAGAUGGAGAUGAACAUGCGGUUGAUUGGCGCUGCUCGCAUCGAGGAUCUGAACCCGAGCCUCAUUGACACCCGUGGCCUGUUGGGUGGACACAACGGAAUUGUGCCUACUGACACACUUGGUGUUGGAGCUUACGACCCCCUGGAAGCGCCUCGAUUUACUGAGAAGCCUAAGUUAUAG